AUGUUGGAAGGUCUGGUUGCCAACCUACUCAAUCGCUUCUUGGGUAUCUACGUCAAGAACUUCGACGCAAAGCAACUGAAUAUUGGCAUCUGGUCCGGUGAUGUCAAGUUGCGAAAUCUGGAGUUGCGCCGCGAGGCUCUCGACCAACUGCGCUUACCCUUGAACGUUGUCGAAGGUCACUUGGGCGAGCUCACAUUAUCAAUUCCCUGGUCCAAUCUAAGAGGCAAACCGGUCAAGGUCGAUAUUGAAGAUGUCUUCCUUCUUGCCGCGCCGAAAGAGGAUGCGGACUACGACCCAGCCGAGGAGGACAAACGAGCACAUACGCUGAAAAUGGAUCGCAUCGAGAGUGCAGAGCUUCUUCGCGAGCGUAAUGCGGAAGGCAUGAGCCAGGAGGAACAGCGCCGAAACCAAAGCUUCACCCAGAGCAUGAUCACGGCAGUUGUGGAUAACCUGCAGAUAUCAAUUAAAAACGUACACUUCCGCUACGAAGACUCGAUCGCUUCGCCUGGCCAUCCAUUUGCAGUGGGAUUGACUUUGAAAGAGCUUAGUGCCGUCAGCACUGACUCCGAAUGGAAUCCUACCUUCAUUCAAUCCACCUCAGACACCACACACAAACUAGCGGUUCUCGGAGCUCUCUCAGUAUACUGGAAUACGGACGCAACCCUAUUGGGAACUGGACGUGGCUCUGAUAUCGGUGCAGAGGCCCAAGGAAUCGACCAUGAUGACUUAAUGGCAAAGCUACGCGAUGCGAUUGACAACGGCGAUGGCAACCAAUUUAUGCUUCGCCCCGUUAGUGGUCGUGCAGGACUCGAAAUGGACAAGUCGGGUAAAUAUGAUCGCCCCGCCAUGAAAGCUCGAUUGCUCUUCGACGAGCUCGGCUUUGUCCUGGACGAUAACCAAUACCGUGAUGCUUUAAUGCUGGUCGACCUAUUCCAUUACUUCAUCCGCCACCAGGAGUACAAGCGAUUUCAACCCAAGUGCUCAGUGAAAGAAGAUCCUCGGGCGUGGAUGAAGUUUGCCGGUGACGCAGUUCUGAGCAAGAUCCACGAUCGCAAUAGACGGUGGACUUGGGAUUAUAUCAAAGAACGCCGAGAUGACCGUAUUUCAUACAUCAAUCUCUUCAAGAAAAAAAGAGAGAGGAGCUAUGAGGAUAUUCGUUUCUGGAGAUCUCUUGCUCGAAACCAGCUUCGCAAAGAAAACGUCGGAGUCAAAAAGCCUGCUCAGCAACAAACAUGGGGGGAAUGGUUCUGGGGUAGUAAGAAGGAAGAAUCAGAGGAAACCGCCAUGACCGAAGAACAACGACAAGAGCUCUAUAACGCGAUCGACUGGGACGAGAAGAAGGCCCUUGCAGAGAGUGUUGAUGUCCCUCGAGAAUGGGUCAAGCUCCAAGUGAAUUGGAGUCUACGGGCGGGUAGCUUCACUUUGAAGCAGGAUCCUCAUGGCGCAGCGAACGAGGUCAUGAAACUUGUGUUUGACAACUUUCGAGCCAAAGCUCUUCAGCGCCCUGAUUCAUAUCUUCUCGACUUGGACCUAGGUGGCUUGAAGAUGUACGAUGGUACCACUGUGGGUACGCUUUAUCCUCAAAUUGUCAAGGUAAAGGAUUCUCUUCCGGAGCCUACGAAGGAGCCGGAAUCCGCGAAAGAUGAUGACGAGCUUGCCUCCGAAGCGAGUGCGGAUGACAUCGAGGAUGAAGAUUCCCUCUUCCAUUUGCAAUUGGAGAAGAAUCCGCUGGAAAGCGAUGCGGAUUCCGCCGUCAAGGUUAAAUUGAAGAGUAUCGAAGUCAUAUAUAACCCCCGGUUCAUUGUGGGAAUUGUCAAAUUCUUCGAGCCCCCCGAGCGGCACAUGGAAUCAAUUGGGGCGCUGUUGGAUACUGCAGGAGCUACUGUCGAGGGUCUCCGACAACAAACUCGAGCAGGCUUGGAGUUCGCUUUGCAGGAACACAAGAAGGUCGAUGCGCAGUUCGACGUCCACGCCCCCCUGAUUAUUGUUCCAGAAAGCAUCACACAAGAUAGCUCUAUCUGCUUGAUUAUCGAUGCAGGUCACGCUAGUGUCAAUAGUGAGCUGGUUGAUCGACAGGCCAUGCGUGACCUCCAGUCCAAGCAGAAAAGACAGUAUGAAGAAGAAGACUAUAUGCAGCUUGAGCAUUUGCUUUACGAUAGAUUCCUCAUCAAGCUGGAUUCUACCCAGGUCCUGAUUGGGCCUGGAGUGGAAGCAACAAAAGCGCAAUUGACAUCUGGAGUUGAAUCCAAGAACUUCCACAUCAUUGAUCGUAUCAAUGUGGACUUCGUUUUGGAGAUGUGUAUUGUACCCAAAGUGACGCAACUCACUCGAACGCGUAUAUCAGGACAUCUUCCGGAGCUACAUGCAUCAAUGUCAGACACGAAGUAUAAAGGGUUGAUGAAGUUGAUUGAUAUAGCAAUCCCACACUUCGAUGAUGGCAAAGAUUCUUCCGGGAAUAUGGCAGCAUCGGCGGCAGCCAAAGAGACCGCAAUUGCGACGCGAGCAAGGUCUGCGUCCUUUCAACCGCCUGCACUGCGUGACCUUCCCGUUGUCGAUGAAGAUGAAGAUGCCGAAUCUGAGAUCGAACAUGUGAAGAAGGGCGUGGACUUGAGUAGCAAUAUCCACCGCCGAGAUUUCGAAUUCAAGUUCAAUGUUGGGCGCCUUCGUGGCUCACUCUUCCGUGCUGACGCUCACGACCCGCAAAAAGACCAAUUAUUAGUAGAGUUGGUUGCUGAAGGCUUCCAGCUUGACUAUUACAUGCGUCCUUAUGAUAUGGUGGCAGAGGUUAUCUUGAAAUCUCUGAGUGUUGAUGAUUAUAUCGAAGCGAAUCCAUUACCGGAAUUUAAGCGGAUCAUAUCCUCAACAGGGUUCAACGCAGAUGAAAAUAACGAUCUUUUCCACUUGAAGAUGGUCAGAGUGAAGCCCGAAUCACCCGAGUUUGACUCGACAUACGAAGGUGUUGCGAUGAACCUUGACAUAUCAGUCUCCACGAUCAAUCUUGUCGUUACUAGAAAGACGUUACUUACUCUCUUGGACUUCAUUCUCCUCACAUUUACCAAUCCUCAAAUGCCGGAAACCCAAAACGAGCCAUCGGAUAAGGCUAUCGAAGAGGCAGUUAUCGAAGACCAACAGCCCCAGCAAGUGGGUAAACUGCGCAUCAAGUCCAACCUGAAGAGUAUCGCUUUGAUUCUCAACAAUGAUGGAGUACGAUUGGCGACUCUCAGUCUCAAUACUGCCGAUGUUGGCAUCUUCCUCGUUGGCCGUUCCAUGACCAUUCAAUCCCGAAUCGGUAGCUUGACAUUAGUUGAUGAUGUCAAUCUGGGUGCUUCAGAACAAUCCGAUGUCCGUCGUCUCCUGACGAUUGAAGGGGAUAACUUCGCGGACUUUAAAUAUGAGACCUUUGACCCCGAGAGCGAUACAUAUCCUGGAUACGACUCUGAAGUUUAUCUGCGAUCGGGUUCAAUCAAGAUUAACUUCUUAGAGGAACCAUACCGGAAAAUCAUAAACUUCUUGGUUAAGUUUGGCAAGAUGCAGGCGAUAUUCAACGCAGCCCGGCAAGCUGCUGCAAACCAAGCCAACCAACUACAAGAAAAUCCCUCACGCAUGCGUCUUGAUGUCGUGGUCAAGACACCUAUUGUGGUGUUCCCAAGGGUGAUGACGGAUGACAGGGCUCGAGACAAUAUAACAGCCUAUCUGGGAGAGAUUUACGCCAAGAACGAGUUCGUUCCUAUGGAUGAGGCCAAGGAUAGCCCAGCUGUCAAUGUGAUCUCUACCGGUGUUCGUAACAUCCGUUUAACAUCCAAAUUCCACUUUGAUGAGGGUGUGGCUGAAGAGCUUGAGAUGAUCCAAAAAGUAAAUCUCGACUUCAGUAUCUGUUAUUUGGAACACCAGGCCAACAACCCGCGCCCUGAUAUGGAAAUUGAAGGAUCCCUAUCUCCAAUCAAUUUGAGAAUCUCGCAAAGCCAGCUCAAGUUUUUACUAGCUCUUUCAAAAUCUAUUCCCGGCGCGUUUGCAACUGAUGCCGAGCAACAAGAGAUCGAAGCCUUGGAGUCUUUGCCUUCCUCAUUAACGGAGCCGACAAGAGAAGCCACUUCGAAGGCUGUUCAAGCCCGAAAAGAUCAAGACGUUGCAACAGCAGAUGAUAAUGCCCACAAAGAAACAUGGGUCCGGCUGGAUAUGAUCUUCAAAGUUGAUAGUGUUGGUUUGGAGCUGAUCCUGGCCAACGAUAAUUGUCCAGUGGGCAGCUUGGAAGAUUCUAGCUUAUCCAAGUUUUCUCUUAAUGAUACCAGAGUCAAGCUUCGCAUGCUGACGGAUGGGUCUUUGGAAUCUGAGCUCUUGAUCCAUUCAUUCUCUAUUCGUGACAGUCGUCGACAGGACUCGAACAAAUUUAGGAACAUCAUGUCCUUGAUCAAUAACGAUGUUCAGCAGCAGUUCAUGGCCAGCGUCUCCAUGUCCCCUGGGCCAGACAAACAUCUGAUUGCGAUGUUGACCAUUGAUAGUCCCCGAAUCAUGUUCGCGUUAGACUAUCUUUCUGCUUUACAGUCGUUCAGCAACUCUGCAUUUGCGUCUGAGUCCCCCGUAGAAGUUGUUGAUGAGGAGCCUGAUUCUCCAGAAGAAUCUGAACUUGAUUCUGAUGCAGGCGCAUCCACCGACAAAAAUACGACCGAGGUAUCUGCUGUAGAUACCCCAGCUGGGUCGACAACAGUUUCAUUUCGUGUCAAUUUGGUCGAUGCCCAAGUCAUCAUGGUGGCAAACCCUGCAAUUCCUCACUCCGAAGCCAUUGUACUUGGCACUAAAGAGGUUUUGAUAUCCCAUCAGAAUGUCUCGACUUUGCAGAUCCAAAAAGUCGGCAUGUUCUUGUGCCGUAUGGACAAGUUUGAAACCAGUCGUCUACGAAUCUUGGAUGACUUCACAAUCGAGAUGUCAGUUGACAGCCGAUCCCAAGAGAAGGGUUCGGCCCUGACCUCGAUCGAAGUUCACAUUGAACCUCUGGUCCUGCGACUAUCAUUGCGUGAUAUCUUGAUGGCAAUUCAAAUUGUCAAUAAAGCAUCUGAGAUGAGAGCCCGAAACGCUCAGCAGAUCGAGGGUGGAGAGCCACAGAAGAUCAGUGACGGUAAAACGAGAGGCCGGUCUGCCAGCAAGGCAUCGUCGACCUUAGCCCAUAGGACUCGGCGGCGCGUUAGUCAAACAGUCGAGACUCUCGAUAGAAGCGUUGUUCCCCAGAGCUCUGCUGUUCUCAAGCGCGAGGAGUUGUCUGCCAAGAUUGACGGCGUUCGUGUCAUUCUUAUUGGCGACCUGCACGACCUGCCCUUGCUGGACUGGAGCGUUAAGAAGUUUAAUCUCGAUGUACGUGACUGGUCGUCCACAUUGAAUGUGGAUACCAAUUUCGAGACAUUUAUCAAUGUCUAUAACUUCUCCAAGUCCGCCUGGGAGCCAUUGAUCGAGCCGUGGCAGCUCGGCUUCCACAUGGCCAAGGAUGUGAACCCGGAUAUUCUCUCAAUCGAGGCAUAUUCACACAAGACGAUGGAGCUUACGUUAACGUCCGCUACCAUUGCUCUUGCAUCCAAAUCCUUCCAAUUUCUGAAUACCGAUGAAGACGUAUUAUCCAAGCCAAGAGGUGCCGAUGCUCCCUACAGAAUCCGAAAUUAUACCGGAUUUGACCUCAGGGUGUGGGCCGAUGUCAGUGCAGGAGAGGAAGGACCGGCUGCCAAGCUGAGUGAUGGAGAAGAAUAUCCCUGGCGAUUUGAAGACUCUACUGCAGUCCGUGAGACACUGACUCCUGAGGGUCAUGGUGGUAUCGUUGGCGUCAAGCUCGAAGGGAGUGGGUUUGAUAGCAUCAACAGGAUUCCGGUCGUGCGUGAGGGCGAGCUUGUCUAUAGCUUGAAACCGAAACGUGAAAAUGUGCUUCAUCGACUUCUGGUGGAGGUCAGCCUCGGUCAGGACAACGUCAAGUACAUCACAUUCCGAUCGCCACUAUUGGUGGAGAACAACACCCAAAUUCCGGUGGAACUAGGCGUGUUCAGCCCCGAAGACGGUCAUCUUUUGAAGAUUGAGAAAAUUCUGCCUGGCGAUGCUCGACCGGCUCCAGUUGGAUCGGCCUACGUUCAUUCCGUUGUCAUUCGUCCAGAUCAAGGGUUUGGCUAUGACUGGUCGAAUGAACAGCUCUUCUGGAAAGACCUCAUGCGGCGACCUACCCGAACUGUCAAGUGCGUCAGCGAAGGUGGACAGCAGUCCCCUCCAUUUUAUUUCCAGGUCAAUGCUACCUAUGACAGCAAGGACUCUCUUACAAGUGUGUACCCUUACAUGCGGAUCAGAAUCUUUGCUCCAGUUGAGAUUCAGAACCUCCUGCCUUAUGAUUUCAAGUAUCGCAUCUACGACAAGAAUACCAAGAAGGACUGGACAAACUUCCUCAGAAAGGGUGGUGUGAGCCCUGUGCAUGUUGUGGAGCUAUCACAUCUGCUGCUUCUUAGUAUCGACCUUCAGGAUACUGUGUUCCGUCAGAGUGAGUUCGCUAUUAUCAAUGGAAAUGCCCAGGAUUACCGCAGGGAGCACACUCUGUCCCUGAAAGACGAAAGAGGACUCCAGUUGAAGCUGAAGCUCCAUUACUUCAACAUCCCGAACAGUGGUGGAGCUUUCAAGGUCUCGAUUUUUAGCCCGUACCUGAUCCUGAACAAGACUGGGUUACCAAUGGAUAUUCAGAGCAAGGCGUUCCUUCAGUCUGCACGCAAUGCCGCUGGUCAAGGCCUUAGAGUUGAUCCGCGAGAUGGUGGCCGUGCCUUGCCCUAUAUGUACUCCUACAAUGCCGAAGAUCAGAAGAACCGAUCGAUAUUAAAGGUUGGGGACUCCGCAUGGAGCAAACCACAAAGUUUCGAGGCUAUCGGUAGUACCUUUGAGGUUAUUUUCCCCGACAGACAAGGUCGAUCCGAAUUUCAUUCUGGUGUUUCCGUUGCCGAAGGCGAGGGGAAGUACAAAAUGACCAAAGUCAUCACAAUUGCGCCAAGAUUCAUUUUGAAAAGCAAGCUCAACGAAGAUCUCCUAGUGCGCGAGCCGGGGUCAUCCAACGUGCUUCAGAUCAAGAGUGGGGAGCUGGUCCCACUUCAUUUCCUUCGCCAAGUCGCAGAGAAACAGCUCUGUCUCUGUUUUCCCGGUGUGAACAAUCAAUGGUCCUCCCCUUUCAAUAUUGCUGAUGUUGGAACUGUUCAUGUGAAACUCGCCAAGGCGAACCAGCGGCAGAAGCUGAUCAAGGUCGAUGUCAUCCUGGAGAACGCGACUAUCUUUCUGCACUUCAGUUUCGAGUCUCGCAACUGGCCCUUUUCUAUGCGCAACGAAAGUGAUAUGGAAUUCAUCUUCUUCCAAGCCAAUCCUAAUGUGGAAGAUGAUGAAGAGGACAGGUCAAGUGGCUGGCGCCCAAUCCGUUAUCGUUUGCCCCCACGGAGUAUCAUGCCUUAUGCAUGGGAUUACCCAGCAACCAAGAACAAAUCUCUUGUGCUGACGUGCCAUGGCAAAGAACGGCACAUUAAGCUGGCUGAGAUCGGCAACUUGAUCCCAAUGCGGAUCCCCCCUGCGCGACCUGGAGACUACCAAAAGAUUAUUGAUAUCAACAUCGUUGCUGACGGGCCGACUCAAACCCUGGUUCUGACAAACUUCAAACCGUCAAAGAGUCUCUACAAGCAACAAAAGGGCCAGUCAUCUCAGAGCAGCAUGAGUGCCGGUUUUGAAGUCAAAGAGUUAAGCUCGGAUGUCAACUUCAAGGCUCAACUUCGCUUGGGUGGCAUCGGUAUCUCUUUGAUUAACCAGAAUUUGAAGGAGCUUCUCUAUCUCACAUUCCGUGAGAUUGAGAUCAAGUACCGCGAAUCGAGACUCUACCAGACUCUGAAUACCUCAAUCAAAUGGAUCCAAAUCGACAACCAGCUCUAUGGUGGCAUCUUCCCUAUGCUUCUCUACCCUAGUGUGGUUCCCAAGACCGGAAAGGAGAUGGAAGCACAUCCGAUUUUCCACGCGAUGGUAACCCGCGUCAAGGAUGAUUCAUAUGGUGUGCUCUACAUCAAAUAUGCUACCUUGCUCCUACAGCAGAUGACUCUCGAACUUGAUGAAGACUUCAUUUUUGCCAUGCUGGACUUCGCCAAGAUUCCAGGCGCAUCAUGGUCAGAGCCUCAAGAGGGCAAGCUAUGUGAUGAGGACUUCAAUAUUCCUGAACCGCUGCAGAAUGACAACGGACAGGAUGUAUACUUUGAGCUGCUUCACUUGCAACCUAUGCAACUGGAUAUUUCUUUCAUGCGCACUGAGAGGAUAAACGUCGAGGACACCAUGCAGCCCUCGAAUCCUCUGAUGUUCGUCGUCAAUGUCAUGACCAUGUCAAUGGGUAAUGUUAACGAUGCACCAAUCCGACUCAAUGCCUUAAUGCUGGAAAACGCUCGUGUCUCCUUUGGCAGACUUGUCAGCAACGUUAGAGCCCACUAUACCCAAGAAUUCUUGCGCCAAGUCCAUAUCAUUCUUGGUUCCGCGGAUAUCAUUGGAAACCCUGUUGGUCUCUUCAAUAAUAUCAGCUCGGGCGUAGCCGAUAUUUUCUACGAGCCUUACCAGGGUCUCGUCAUGACAGAUCGACCACAGGAACUGGGCUACGGAAUUGCGAAGGGUGCUACGAGCUUCGUCAAGAAAUCUGUCUUUGGUUUCUCCGACAGUAUGGCCAAGUUUACUGGAAGCAUGUCCAAGGGCCUUGCUUUUGCGACUCUUGACAAGGAGUUCCAGGAUCAGCGCCGCAUGUCCAAAUCUCGCAAUCGGCCCAAGCAUGCCCUAUAUGGCAUUACCGCUGGAGGCAAUGCGUUUGCAACGAGCCUGGCCAGUGGUAUCGGCGGCCUCGCGCGCCAUCCUCUACAGGGCGCCGAGAAGGAGGGCAUGGCAGGCUUUUUCAAAGGCGUCGGCAAGGGUGUCAUUGGCUUGGCCACCAAGCCUGCAAUUGGUGCCUUUGAUCUUGCGUCCAACCUCGCAGAGGGAGUCCGCAAUACCACCACUGUUUUCGAUGCCGAAGGUCUGGAUCGUGUGCGCCUGACCCGUUUCAUCGGCACCGACGGCAUUGUCCGCCCAUACUCGCAGCGCGAGGCCCUUGGCCAGUUCUGGCUCAAAACCACCGACGAUGGAAAGUACUUCAACGAAGACUACAUCGCGCACUUGGAACUCCCUGGGCGAGACAUGCUGGUCAUGUUGACUUACGCACGUAUCAUGCUCGUGCGCACGAAGAAGCUCACUAGCGAGUGGGAUAUCCGUCUGACAGACAUUCAAACUAUCUCCAAGGAACGCACAGGUAUGAGCAUCACCCUCAAGGGAGGUGCAAAUGGACCUUUCAUCCCUGUCCAAGACGAAAGUUCUCGAAACUGGUUAUAUAAACAAAUUGCUGUUGCGGUCAAUGCCUUCAACGAGAAAUAUAAUGCCCGAGGAUAG